AUGAAGGUCUGCGAUGAGGAAGGUAUUUAUUUAAGACUGUUUGGGACAUAUCUUCACCCUCUCCUCUUCUCUCCAAACAGCCGUCCCCAGAAGGUGUGCCUCUGCCCGUUCCUGCCAGUCCACCCCCUGGAGAUCUCCACGUGUCUGUACAUCGUACAGCAUCCUGCAGAGGUGGGGUGUGUGUGUGUGUGUGUGUGUGUGUGUGGGGGGGGUCGUUCCAUAUGAUUUCAAUCACUUUCUGAUUGCACCCCUUUUGAUUUGAACGAAACCACCCUGUAUUCAAGUGUAUGCUGUGUCUCAACUGAUGGCAGGCACAACACAAACACCUCAGAAUGUAAAAUAGGUUCUAAGCUACAACAUAUAUGAACAUGAAAAAAAUCGGAGUUUUUAGAUAAUUGAUGUUAAAGCUUAAAAAAUGACUAUUUUAAUUAAAAACAUUUUUUUUUCAAUAAAUCAUUGAACAGUUUGACAACCCUGUUUUAUAAGCAUUCAAAUUAUACUGAACAAAAAUCUAAACGCAACAUGCAACAAUUUCAACGAUUUUACUGAGUUACAGUUCAUAUAAGGAAAUCAGUCAAUUGAAAUGAAUUCAUUAGGCCCUAAUCUAUGGAUUUCACAUGACUGGGCAGGGGCGCAGCCAUGGGUGGGCCUGGGAGGGCAUAGGCCCACCCACUUGGGAGUCAGGCCCAGCCAAUCAGAAUGAAUUUCCCCACACGAAGGCUUUAUUACAGACAGAAAUACUCCUCAGUUUCAUCAGCUGUCCGGGUGGCUGGUCUCAGACGAUCCCGCAGGUGAAGAAGCCGGAUAUGGAGGUCCUGGGCAGGCGUGGUUAUACGUGGUCGGUGGUUGUGAGGCCGGUUGGACGUACUGUCAAAUUCUCUAAAACGACAUUAGAGGCAGCUUAUGGUAGAGAAAUUAACAUUGAAUUCUCUGGCAACAGCUCUGGUGGACAUUCCUGCAGUCAGCAUGCCACUUGCAUGCUCCCUCAAAACUUGAGACAUCUGUGGCAUUGUGUUGUGACAAAACUGCACAAUUUAAGAGUGGCCUUUUGUUGUCCCAGCACCUGUGUAAUGAUCAUGUUGUUUAAUCAGCUUCUUGAUAUGCCACACCUGUCAGGUGGAUGGAUUGUCUUGGCAAAGGAGAAAUGCUCACUAACAAGGAUGUAAACAAAUUUGUGCACAACAUUUGAGAGAAAUACGCUUUUUGUGAGUAUGGAACAUUUCUGGGAUAUUUUAUUUUAGCUCAUGAAACAUGGGACCAACACUUUACAUGCUGCGUUUAUAUUUUUGUUUAGUAUAUAUCAAAAUCAGUGAUGAAGACAUGGCUGUCUCAUGGUAGGGUGGAGUAGGCAAACUGGGUCAACUUUGAGCACCUCCAUCUCCUGAAUGUUUUGGCAUUCAGGUCCAAAAAGUCACUUUCUGACCACUACUACCAUGGGCAAACAUGUAUGGAAGGUUUCAUUCAAAUCAUAAGGGGUACAUUAAUAAAGUGAUUAAAAUGAUAUGGAACGACCCACUCACAACCCUGAGUUUUGACCUUGAGUAAGGCCCCAAACUGCUCCAGGGGUACUGCUCUGCAGCUGACCCUAUGCUGCUCUGAGCCAGUGUGUGUUUGUGUGGUUGGGUACUGUGUCAGCAAAAAUAAGAAUUUCUAUUCAACAAUGGAAAUGGUUUUCUCUGUGUUUUCAGGAGAGUCGAGCGCUUCGUACCGUUCCUCUCCUUGCUGCGUGCUUGCCCCCAGGAAAAUGCAAGGUCUUGGUGGGAAGGAGAUUCAAUAAAGAGAGGUAAACAUUUAUCUUUAUGUUUGUCCGAUACUGAACAUUACAUGUACAUAAUUCUCUGUAAACAUGUUGCCUCUCUCUCUGCCUUACAGGAACCCAGAGCUGGCUGCAGUGUGUCAAGACAGCAGAACCCUGAUCCUGUACCCGGGUCCAGAUGCUCAGAACCUGGAGGAGCUAGUCCAGAAACAAGACCGGGACCAGGAAGACCAGGACCAGGACAACCUGGACAGGAUGGGGGAGCAAUUUGUAAGGGCAGUGGAACACAAUGUCAUCAUCAUCGACGGCACCUGGAGCCAGGCCAAAGAUAUGUUCCUCAGAAACACCCUGCUCCACCAGCCCAAACAGGUGGGACAGCUAUACUCCAACGGGGCACAUUAGAUUGAGUAUAAUGGAACCAGGGUGCUUUACACCAGGGGUGUAAUGAUUAAGUACAAUGGAGCCAAUGCAAUAGUCCCAAAAGUGCAAACUACAAGCUAAAUCAAGGGCUUUCAAGUAUAUAGUCUGGUUAUUUGUAGUGUGGAAAUGGAGUCUGCUACGUUGUGUAUUUCAGGUACAGCUGAGCAGGAGUGAGCAGACUAGCCAGUAUGUGAUCCGUUCUCAGCCAUCAAACAUCUGCCUGUCCACCCUGGAGUGUGCUGCUGUCACCCUGUCCAUCCUAGAGAGGAACGAAGCAAUACAGGAGGUGGGUACCAUAUAGACCUAUACUGUACGUGACAUGACAAUCAUAUAUACAGACAUUCAUACUUGUUCUACACGAUAAAAUAUACACAUCGAUUUCUAUCUGUACUUUCUAUAACAUCUCACAACUUCUACCCUCCUGACCAUACCCUCUUGAGCAGUGUUGGGGGUAAUGUGUUAUAAAGCAACGCAUUACAGUAAUAAUAUUACAUUUUAUAGUAAUGAGUAAUGUAAUGGAGUUAUUGCUUCAAUUUGAGUAAUAAUAUUAUAGUUUCUGAUCAAAGAAAUAGGUUGUUACUUUUGUUAUCAUUCCCUUCCUAUUGCAGUUAUUGAUCCAAAUAAAUAUUUGUGGUUAUUAUUCCCUCUCUGUUGGUGCAAUAUAUAUUUUUUAAACCCAUCCCAGAUUCAAAUAGUUUUCGUCCUCAGUGUCACCAAGUUCCUGUUUACGCACGCACUACUACUAACUGCUUUAGUGAGAGAGAUGAAAAAUGACAGCAGCAUCUAAAACAUUGACUUUCUCAGUGUGGAAGUACUCUGCAAAGGCAACACGCCAACACAAAACACGUAUCGAAAGACCCCCAAGACCUGACCACUGCUGCUGAAGAUGACUGUAGGCCUAUCUCAUCCAAACAACCAAGGCUUGAUUUUAAUCGUUCAGGAGGACAGGCUGUAAACUAGGGAGAGCUGAACAAGCUUGUAGCGGGGCAUGUAGUAGACGAAAUGCUGCCCUUAUCCAUGGUAGAAUCUGUCAUUAUUACGAUACUUGUUUUGGUGUAUAGGCCUACCGUAGGGCUGUGGUGGUGGGGCAGACCUACAAGUCUAAUAAAUCCAUGUAAUAUAGCGUUACACCAUCACAAUAAAUCCUUUUUUUUUUUUUUUGACAAGUCUAAAGAAACAUGAUAUGAAGAAAAUGUAGUCUAUUUCAGAAGAACAGAAUAGCAUACUCUGAGUUGUUCUUAUGUUAGGGCCUGAUCUGGCUAUGCCAUAUGGCUGUGGGCUACACUAUUUCAUUUAGCAGACAAGAUUUGCUUAGAAUUCCAUGCCAUUAUUUUAUAGUAUGAAGAAUACAAUUGAACAUAGCUGAAUAAAAUAGAAAGGAUCUUUUCUCCAAAUGAUUUGAGGGAGUGCGCACGUGACUAUUCUGUGUUGAGCGGUUAACAUUUUUACAUUUUUAGUCAUUUAGCAGACGCUCUUAUCCAGAGAGGCUUAUAGUUAGUGAGUGCAUACAUUGUCGGCAAGGAAUAUGGGAACUGUCAUGGUAAUUAUUCUAAUCAAAGGAGAGACUUUUAGAUUUCCUCAAAGCAAUUUAGCUUUAUUAAUUACAUUUACGUCAUUUAGCAGACGCUCUUAUCCAGAGCGACUUACAAAGUGGUGCAUUCAACUUAUGAUACCCAGUGGGACAACCACUUUUUUUUUAUGUGGGGGGGCGGGGGGGGGGGAGGGGUAGAAGGAUUACUUUUAUACUAUUCCAGGUAUUCCUUAAAGAGGUAGGGUUUCAAGUGUCUCCGGAAGGUGGUCAGUGAGUCCGCUGUCCUGGUGUCGUGGGGGAGCUUGUUCCACCAUUGGGGUGCCAGAGCAGCGAAUAGCUUUGACAAAGAAACAGGUACUCCUAUAUGUUUUAUUUAGAGGCUGUACACACUUCAUCAGUCUCCCAUUCACAAUUUGACAAGCACUUGAUAAUGCCUCGAAUUUCUCGGCUGCAUCCCCUUUGUGUGGCCAUAAUGCCCCCUAAAAAAAAUCUGUGCCUUUUGCGGCCAGUGGCCGUUGUGCCCUUGGGCUGAAUAUAAUAAUUAGAAUUCCCUUCACUCACACACACACUGCACCUCUCACUCACGUGGCUCUGAGUCACAUGAUCGGGUCUUUCUCACAUGCUACAAGUGGAGACCGACACAUCGGGGACGCAACUGCGCAUGUCCUUAUCCAAUUCCUAGGCGCAUAUUGAAGAUAUUGGAAGAACUGUCCACAUUGACUUUUGGUCAGCCAACAAGAUGAGUAGGCCUAACGAACAGCAAAAGCACUGGACUAUGUCAAUCUACUAUCCCCCAUGGUACAAAAGUUGACCUAUUCUGUGCAAUAAAUAAAUAUUCCAAACAUAGUAUGGGACAGUUGUGGGAUGCAAUAGAUCCCAAAUUAAUAAAACCACUAGCAUCAAAAAAACUGUUUUAAGCAAUGAGCCUGACACAACAUGAGAAUGUUUAGCUAUUUCUUCACAUGAUAAGUGCAGCAAUGCGCACAUGGCAGUAGGCUAUAAGCACAUAUUUUUUACAUUUUAGUCAUUUAGCAGACGCUCUUAUCCAGAGAGACUUACAGUUAGUGAGUGCAUACAUUAUUUAAUUUUUUCAUACUGGCCCCCCGUGGGAAUCGAACCCACAACCCUGGCGUUGCAAACGCCAUGCUCUACCAACUGAGCUACAUCCCUGCCGGCCAUUCCCUCCCCUACCCUGGGCCAAUUGUGCGCCACCCCAUGGGUCUCCCGGUCACGGCCGGCUACGACAGAGCCUGGAUUCGAACCAGGAUCUCUAGUGGCACAGCCUUAGACCACUGCGCCACUCGGGAGGUGGUCCAUUAGCAGGAAAACACCAUUCUCAAAAGUGACCAUAAAUGCGAUUAUGCAUGUAAACUUUUAUUAUAAAAGUGCAUUUUUAUGGUGAAAAUUAUCAUUCCCAAACUUGAAACUCAUGCGCUGCAUAUGUAUGCCAGUUAGGCUCUACACCCGUUGUAAAGCGGAUUAAUGUGCUCCAUUUAAAAAAAAGUUAUUUGGCCACUUUAGUUGUGUGAUACAAACCUUAUCAAAACAUAUCGGCCUAUGGGCUAGGCUACAUGAGGUGUGCGACUAUGAUUUCAAAAAGUAGCACAAUAAAAAGCAUGCGCUGUUUGCCUUAAGCUGGGCAUCAUUCCCACGGGGGGCCAGUAUGAAAAAAUGUAUGCACUCACUAACUGUAAGUCGCUCUGGAUAAGAGCGUCUGCUAAAUGACUAAAAUGUAAAAAUAAUAUAUCAUUCACAAGUGAUAGGCUAAUAUUGUCACCCAUCACACUAUUCUUGAUUUAAAAUUGUAUUUACAUAUACUAAAUAAUAUAUUUGUGAAAUUUGCGUUGAUUUAUAAUGGACCAUUAUCAUGCAACUGUCUCGAAAAAAAAUACGUAUUCUAUUCAUUUAAAUAGCGAAUGGAGGACGCUUUUCCGUGGUUCAUUUUCAUGCCAGCCAGGUAGGCUAUACUCCUGUUUUUAAAGAGAAGCAAUGUGCUUAAUAUUAGGAAAGUUGAGAAAUAAAUAUAGUAUACCUAGCCUAUAGAAAGCUUUUUUUGGUUUACCUUUAUUUAACUAGGCAAAUCAGUGAAGAACAAAUUCUUAUUUACAAUGACGGCCUACCAAAAGGCAAAAUGCCUACUGCAGGGACGGGGGCUGGGAUUAAAAAUAAAAAUAUAGGACAAAACACACAUCACGACAAGAGACAACACUACAUAAAGAGAGACCUAAGACAACAACAUAGCAUGGCAGCAACACAUGGCAACACAGCAUGGUAGCAACACCACAUGACUACAACAUGGUAGCAACACAACAUGGCAGCAGCACAAAACAUGGUACAAACAUUAUUGGGCACAGGCAACAGCACAAAGGCAAGAAGGCAGAGACAACAAUACAUCACGCGAAGCAGCCACAACUGUCAGUAAGAGUGUCCAUGAUUGAGUCUUUUUGAAUGAAUAGAUGGAAAUAAAACUGUCCAGUUUAACUGUUUUUUGCAGCUCGUUCCAGCGCUAGCUGCAGCGAACUGAAAAGAGGAGCGACCCAGGGAUGUGUGUGCUUUGGGGACCUUUAACAGAAUGUGACUGGCAGAACGGGUGGAGGAUGAGGCCAACACUCUGUUUUCUCAUGCAAUUGCAUAGCCUAUAGAAAUGUUGCGCAACAUCAGCUCAUGGGCUCUCAUGAAGUGAUUGAUUAGAUUUGCAUUGAUGUCAGAGUGAUUAGAGGGACAGUAGAGUGCGGGGUACCAGGCAGUUAGCAAGUUUGUUAGGCUUCUAAUGACCAUCAGCAGCAUCAGAGCUUGGAGAAGCCUAAUUACUGUAACUAAACGGUCACGUGGAAUUUGACUGCCAUCAUGACUCGUGACUGCCGGUGUGGCGGUAAUACGGUCACCGUAACAGCCCUAGGCCUACGUAACGUAACGUUGACAUUGUUUACAUUUAGUGAGGACGUCUAACAUUUUGGGAUGUAAUGCGAAAAAGUAAUAUGACGAGUAGUGUAACAAAUUACUUUUCCCAAGGAGUCAUAAGUAAAGUAAUUGUUGAAAUCAGUAACGCGUAAUGGAUAAUAUAUUACUUUUUGUGAGUAACGACCCCAACACUGCUCCUGAGCAUAAGACUGCUACAGACCCACACCAUGAUGGCGGACAGCCCUUUGCAGCAACCUGCCUGUACGUGACUGUACAUUUCCUCUUCCUGUCCCUUCCAGGUUCUGUUGAAGCCUCUGCAGGCUCUCUGCUCCUUCCAGCUGCAGCAUGGGGCCCUUGUCCACCACAGCAAGGAACACCUGAUACGACACGGCAUGUAUGACAAACAGAUGCCCACGAACAAACGCAAGAUCAAGAGAAUGGAGAACCUUAUUACUAACCAGCACAUCUGCCCUAGAUGAGGGACUACUAGGUUGUGUCUGAAAUAAAAGAACACCCUGGCCUAUCCUCAUAUAGUUCACUACUUUUGACCUGAGUGCAAUUUGGAUUAAUCAACAUUUCUUCUACCUUUCCCAGAUGUGUGCAGAGCACUGAAAUUCAGACCCCUCAAGGAUUUAAAACCAUUGGAUGGGUGUGGAUGGUGUUUCUACCCCCAUAUUUCCAAUCCAAUGUGUGGUUAUUUGAAAUGUCUUAUUUGUUUUUAUACAUGUGUUGAA